AUGACCUCCCGUGCGCCGAAUCCCUCGACGGGAUCGCGCAAGAUCAGCUUCAACGUUUCUGAACAGUAUGAUAUUCAAGAUGUAGUCGGUGAGGGUGCUUAUGGUGUUGUUUGCUCGGCACUCCACAAGCCAUCAGGGCAAAAGGUUGCUAUUAAGAAGAUUACCCCAUUCGACCACUCUAUGUUCUGUCUGCGAACACUCCGUGAAAUGAAGCUGUUGAGGUACUUCAAUCACGAAAACAUCAUCUCGAUCCUCGAUAUCCAGAAGCCUCGUAGCUAUGAAACAUUCACCGAAGUCUAUCUUAUCCAGGAGCUGAUGGAGACUGAUAUGCACCGUGUUAUUCGUACGCAAGACCUCUCCGACGACCACUGCCAAUACUUCAUCUACCAAACCCUCCGAGCACUCAAGGCCAUGCACUCCGCCAAUGUUCUACAUAGAGAUUUGAAGCCUUCCAACUUAUUGCUGAACGCCAAUUGCGAUCUGAAGGUCUGCGAUUUCGGUCUGGCACGUUCUGCUGCUUCACAAGAAGACAACUCUGGUUUCAUGACAGAAUAUGUGGCUACUCGUUGGUACCGUGCACCAGAAAUCAUGUUGACAUUCAAGGAAUACACGAAAGCUAUCGAUGUGUGGUCAGUUGGAUGUAUCUUGGCUGAGAUGUUGAGUGGCAAGCCAUUGUUCCCUGGGAAGGAUUACCACCACCAACUUACCCUCAUUCUCGAUGUCCUCGGCACGCCCACCAUGGAGGAUUACUAUGGCAUCAAAUCCCGUCGUGCGCGCGAGUACAUUCGCUCUCUUCCUUUCAAGAAGAAGGUACCAUUUAAGCAGAUGUUUCCUAAGACGUCAGACCUCGCUCUCGAUCUUUUGGAGAAGCUCCUAGCGUUCAACCCAGUCAAGCGAAUCACAGUCGACGAGGCCCUUCAGCACCCAUACCUCGAGCCAUACCAUGACCCAGAGGACGAGCCAACAGCCAGCCCCAUCCCAGAGGAGUUCUUCGACUUUGACAAAAACAAGGAUAACCUGAGCAAGGAGCAGCUGAAGGAGUUGAUCUACAACGAGAUCAUGCGAUAG